UCGAACAGCGGCUAUAGCAAACGUGAGGCACGAGUUCUUGUAUUUUUUCAAAGAAAUUAAAUAAAAAACCGCUAUAAACAUGUUUGGUGGACAGCAACCAAUACUCGUGUUGAGUCAAAACACAAAGCGAGAAUCGGGCCGCAAAGUGCAGUUGGAAAAUAUUCAAGCCGGAAAGGCCAUUGCUGAUGUGAUACGCACUUGCUUGGGCCCACAGGCCAUGUUAAAGAUGUUGAUGGAUCCCAUGGGCGGUAUUGUGAUGACCAACGACGGCAAUGCCAUUCUGCGUGAAAUCACUGUGCAGCAUCCCGCAGCAAAGAGCAUGAUUGAAAUUGCACGCACACAGGAUGAGGAAGUUGGUGAUGGUACCACUUCUGUGAUUGUGUUGGCUGGUGAAAUGCUUGUCGCUGCCGAGCCAUUCCUGCAGCAGCAGAUUCAUCCGACAGUCAUUAUCCGCGGCUAUCGUGAGGCACUCGAAGACAUAGUCAAUCACCUGCAGUCUGACUUAAGUGUGCAGCUUGAUAUUAAGGACAGGGCAAAAAUGGCCGAUGUGGUGAAGGCUUGCGUUGGCACAAAAUUCAUUGGCAAAUGGUCUGAUAUGGCAGUAAAAAUUGCACUAGAUGCCGUAGAGACAGUCACGCUGAAUGAGAAUGGCCGUCUGGAGGUUGACAUCAAGCGCUAUGCCAAGGUGGAGAAGAUUCCCGGCGGAGCUAUUGAGGACUCUUGCGUGCUUAAGGGCGUCAUGAUCAACAAGGAUGUUACACAUCCCAAGAUGCGUCGCAUGAUUGAGAAUCCACGUAUUGUGCUUUUGGAUUGCUCAUUGGAAUACAAAAAGGGCGAGAGUCAGACAAAUGUGGAAAUCGUUGGCGAGCAAGAUUUCACGCGCAUGCUGCAAAUCGAAGAGGAGUUUGUCCAGCGCGUGUGCGCCGACAUUAUAGCUGUUAAGCCCGAUUUGGUGUUCACAGAGAAGGGCGUUUCCGAUCUGGCGCAGCAUUAUCUGCUGAAGGCUGGCAUCACGGCCAUACGUCGUCUGCGCAAAACCGAUAAUCUGCGUAUUGCGCGCGCCUGUGGCGCCACCAUUGUCAAUCGCACUGAGGAGUUGACCGAGAAGGAUGUCGGCACUGGCGCUGGAUUGUUCGAAAUCAAGAAAAUUGGUGAUGAUUACUUCACAUUUGUUACACAGUGCAAGGAUCCCAAGGCCUGCACCAUAUUGCUGCGUGGCGCCAGCAAGGAUAUACUCAACGAAACCGAGCGUAAUCUGCAGGAUGCCCUGCAUGUGGCACGCAACUUAGUGCUGGAGCCACGUCUUGUGCCUGGCGGCGGCGCCGUCGAAAUGGCUGUGUCACAGUUGCUGACGCGCAAACAGCUCAAGGGACCAUAUACGGCUGUGGCACAAGCUCUGGAGAUCAUACCUCGCACCCUGGCUCAGAACUGUGGUGCCAAUACCAUUCGUGCUCUUACCGCGCUGCGCGCCAAGCACGCUUCCCACACCGGGCCCGGCGUCUGUGCCUGGGGCAUUGAUGGCGAAUCUGGCGAAAUUGUCGACAUGAAUGUUAAGAACAUUUGGGAGCCAUUGGCUGUCAAGCUGCAGACCUACAAAACUGCUGUGGAGACUGCUAUUCUGCUCUUGAGAAUUGAUGAUAUUGUUUCGGGCUCAAAGAAGCGCGGCGGCAACGAGCCAACUAAUCCAGCUGCUAUGGCUCAGGGCAUGGAGUAAGCCAAUCACAACAAAUACAUUGUGUAUUAAUAAUGCUUAAUAACAUUUAAUAAUUAAUUUAACACACGAAAAUACAAAACAAAUGUUUAACAUUUCGCCUGCCUACACACACACCACCCCAAACACAAAUUUUCUGUUGCAUUUGCUCUCAUUAACAGUACACGAAUAAACAUUUAAAACCAAAA